UGCAACUUGAAUUUGUGCUGUUUGAAUAUAAAAAUGUGUCUUUUUCAGGGACCUUAAACCAGAGAAUAUCUUACUAAAUGAAGAUAUGCACAUUCAAAUAACAGACUUCGGAACAGCGAAGGUGUUAUCUGCAGACAGCAGACAAGCACGGGCAAACUCAUUUGUAGGGACAGCACAGUAUGUUUCUCCAGAACUGCUGACGGAGAAAUCUGCCUGUAAAAGCUCUGACCUCUGGGCUCUGGGAUGUAUAAUAUAUCAACUUGUAGCUGGAUUGCCUCCAUUUAGAGCCGGAAAUGAGUAUCUUAUAUUCCAGAAGAUAAUAAAGUUGGAAUACGAUUUUCCAGAAAAAUUUUUUCCCAAGGCAAAAGACCUUGUUGAAAAGCUAUUGGUUCUAGAUGCUACCAACAGACUGGGUUGUGAAGAAAUGGGAGGAUAUGGACCUCUGAAGGCUCACCCCUUCUUUGAAUCCAUUGUGUGGGAGAACCUCCAUCUUCAGACACCCCCUAAACUUACAGCCUAUUUACCUGCCAUGUCAGAGGAUGAUGAAGACUGUUAUGGAAAUUAUGACAAUCUCCUGAGUCAGUUUGGGUGCAUGCAAGUUUCUGGUUCUGCCUCUUCCCAUUCACUGUCUGCCCCAGAGACAAGUACACCACAGACAUCAGGAGGAAAUAUUGAACAGUACAUUCAUGACCUUGACAACAAUUCCUUUGAGCUGGACUUACAGUUUUCUGAAGAUGAAAAGAGGUUACUUCUGGCAAAACAAGCUGGUGGAAAUCCUUGGCAUCAGUUUGUAGAAAAUAACUUAAUCCUAAAAAUGGGUCCAGUGGACAAAAGAAAGGGGUUGUUCGCACGUCGGCGCCAGUUGCUGCUCACAGAAGGGCCCCACCUGUACUAUGUGGAUCCUGUCAACAAAGUUCUAAAAGGAGAAAUUCCAUGGUCUUUAGAGUUGCGGCCAGAAGCCAAGAAUUUUAAGACAUUUUUUGUUCACACGCCAAACAGGACAUAUUACCUGAUGGACCCGAGUGGGAAUGCUCACAAAUGGUGCAAAAAGAUACAUGAAGUUUGGCGGCACAGAUACCACCAGAAUGCUGCUAAAUAGUAGAGCUCAUCCAAAAUCUCCCCAUUUCCCUACUUGCUGCUAGAACUCCGUGUGCAGCCGAUCAGAGGAAUCUUUCACCCCAGCUGUUACCAUCUCAAGGGGAAGCAUAUGUCUGAAAUGUUCUCUUUUUUUUUUAAAGAAAGAAAAAAAAAAGAAAAGCAAAAACCUAAUGGAAUUCAGGGUUGCUUUGCUCGCUCUUUGUGCUUCUGUUGAGGCUUCCACAUGCAUAUCAUUGCAGUGAAGAUCUUGCUUUUGUGCACUUCAGCUCAGUUUCUGCUGCAGACUAGUGGAUAGACCUUGCAUUACCAGCUUCACUUAGGAUGAGUUCAAACCAAUCCACACGCACACACGCCGAAUCAUGUGCCAGCCCUGCCUUUGCUGGGGCUGGUGGUUUCUGUGACUCUCAGAUUAUCAUUCAACUGUAUUUCAUCAGGGAGCUUUUAUAUGCCUCUCCUAAGCACCACCUCUUUGUUUUCUCUUCCUUUCCUCACAGUCCCCCAGCUUCUCGGUAUAUGGCAUUUGUAGCCAGGUCAGUUGCACCCUUGUGUAAUUCCUAAUGUAGUUCUGGUUGCAGGAUUUAUGUGGUACUUUAGUAAUUAUGUGAAUGAAUCAGAUGUAUGUAUCUGGCAGACAGGCUCCAGUGAUAAGGGUUUUGAGAGAGUGAAAAGCUGAACAUGGCACUGAAAGCUUUCUACAAUGGAAAUGUUUGCUUCUGAAGCAGAGAAGAUUUUAAGUGUUCAACUUAAAUUUUAAUCGUGUGUUUAAUCAAGGGAUGAUAAACUUACCAGCAUGCUUUCAACUAAUGCUAACUAAAAAAGUAACUAGUUAGUAUGGGGG